GUGAGAGGUAACUAGGUAAAUUCCCCGAAAAAAGAAGCAGAAAUGGAGUCGCCGAGCAGCUCGCAAGAUUCAUCGUCUCUCCGGCCUUCUUCCCUAAUCCUGUCUUCGAGGUCAAAGGGAACAAAGAGUAGAGAGGAAAUGGAGUCACCACCGUCGUCUCCAACUUCUUUGGUGGUGAGUAGCCCUAGGAGGACGCUGAGCUUAUUGAGAGAGAGACGUCAGGAGGAGAGGAAGUCGCCGGCAGCUAUGGCCGGAUUCGCCACCGAGCACGGCCCGAAACCCUCUGAAGUUUACGGUUUCGUCGGCUCCAUCACCACCGUCAUAUCGACCGUUAUCUAUUUCGUGUGGGCUUACACUCCUGAACCGUGGCUGCAGUCUUUGGGAAUCACAUAUUAUCCUAGCAAGCAUUGGGCUUUGGCAGUUCCAACCUUUUUUAUGGUGACAAUAGUUUUGGUGAUUGCAUUUUACAUUGGACUGAAUUUCAUGGUGACUCCACCUCCAACCUCUUUUGACACGAUGUUUGAUGAAUAUAGCACAGAACCCACCACUUUUGUUCCCAUGGAAGGGGAAGAGAUGCCAAUCGAGCCCAUUUCUGAUAUGGAUAUCACCAAUGUAAAUUCUCUCAUGUUUGGAAUUAGGAUAAUAAGCAGCCCGAGAUUUGACGAACGCUGCGGUGGUCACCAGAGAUUGUGAAUGAAUGUAAGGGAAUAAGAUGAGAAAUAUGACCUUCAAAGAAAGAGCCAUUUGGGAUUCAAAGAAGAGGAGUUAGUUGGUUUUCUAAGUGGAAUUUGGUACCUAUUGUUAGUGAUGAAGAGAGUAAUGGAGUGGAGGAGGUAUUUAUA